ACCGGCGCCGGUGCCCAAGGAGCGAGAAGGCGGCUGGCGCGGCGACCAUGAGCGGGCACGUCGGGGACUUGAGCGCCAAGCAAGAGGCGGCGCUGGCCAAGUUCCGUGAGAAUGUUCAAGAUAUCUUACCAGGUCUUCCAGCGCAGGACGAUAACUACUUGUUGAAAUGGCUCCGAGCCCGAUGUUUUGACCUGCAAAAGUCGGAAGCCAUGAUCAGGAAGCAUGUGCAGGUGCGCAAGUAUAUGGAUUGUGACCACAUUAAGGAAUGGGAAGCCCCAGAGGUCAUCCAGAAGUACAUGUCUGGAGGCACCUGUGGCUUCGAUCGGGAGGGCUACCCGGUUCGCUACGAGAUCGUUGGGACCCUCGAUCCCAAAGGACUGCUCUUCUCUGUUUCGAAACAGGACUUCCUCAAAAAAAAAUUCCAGGACUGCGAAUUUAUGCGGGACAUAUGCAACGAACAGAGCAAAAGACUGGGGAAAACAAUUGACAACAUCAUAAUGGUUUAUGAUUUUGAAGGGCUCGGUUUGAAGCAUCUUUGGAAGCCGGGCGUUGAUGUCUACAUAGAGCUUCUUGCCAUGUUCGAAGAUAACUUCCCCGAGUGCCUUAAACAUUUAUUUGUCAUUAAAGCUCCAAGACUGUUCCCCAUAGCUUACAACAUGGUGAAGCACAUUCUGAGUGAAGAUACCCGGAAGAAGUUAAUUAUCUUGGGAGCAAAUUGGAAGGAAGACUUGCAAAAAUACAUUGACCCUGCAGAGAUCCCCAUGAUGUAUGGGGGGACUCUCACAGACCCCGAUGGGAACCCCAAAUGUGAAUCCAAGAUAUGCCUCGGCGGAGACGUCCCCCCAAAAUACUACGUGCGAAAUCAGCUGAAGCAAAAAUAUGAGCAUUCGUUAAUGGUGAAUCGGGGUUCUUCCCAGCAGCUGGAAUACGAGAUCCUUUUUCCGGGCUGCAUCUUGAGGUGGCAAUUCAUGUCCGAAGGGUCCGAUAUAGGUUUUGGUGUCUACCUGAAGACCAAGACGGGGUCCCACCAGCACGCCGGGGAGAUGACUGAGGUGCUCUCCAACCAGCGCUACAACGCACACCUGGUCCCUGAGGACGGCACCCUCACCUGCUCGGAUGCUGGAAUCUAUGUCCUCCGCUUCGACAAUACCUACAGCUACCUCCACGCCAAGAAAAUCAGCUACACGGUGGAGGUUUUACUCCCCGAUAAGAAGUGGGAAGAGAAGAUCCAGAAUUUGGAUGAACAGACUCAGAAGGUGGAGAACAACCACGCGUGAUGAAGAUGGCAUCUCCGGCGGGCCUCUGCCCCGGGGAGUGGGGGGGCGGGGAGUGGCAGGGGUGAGCACCACCCUCAAAGGUCUUUUUUGGGGGCGGAAUUCUUGCUUGGGUGGUCAGGGGGCUUCGGGACUUCCAACAGUGUUGCCAGCGGAUGGAGAAAUGGUCCCUUGAA